GGGCCCUGCUACCGCUGUCUCUUCCCCAAGCCCCCUCCGCCAGAGACGGUGACUAACUGUGCGGAUGGUGGAGUGCUGGGUGUCGUGCCGGGCAUCGUGGGCUGCAUCCAGGCCUUGGAGGUGCUGAAGAUCGCUUCGGGAAUGGGCUCCUCCUUCGGUCAGUUCAUGCUGAUGUUUGAUGCUCGUGAAGGGAGAUUUCGCAACAUCAAGUUAAGACCGAAGAAACCAGACUGUGCUGUUUGUGGCGACCAUCCGUCUGUCACCUGCCUGCAGGAUUAUGAGGCGUUUUGUGGUUCUUCUGCAACAGACAAGUGCAGGACUUUGCAUCUGCUGUCCAGCAAAGACAGGGUGUCUGUAGAGGAAUACAAAAAACUGCUGGAUGAGCAAGUUCCUCAUGUACUGUUAGAUGUUCGUCCGCAGGUAGAAGUGGAUAUCUGUCGCCUGGUACAUGCCGUCCACAUCCCUUUGAGUAAAUUAGAAGAAAAAGAUGAAGAAUAUCUGGAAUAUUUAGGAAAAAAAAUUCGUGAAGAAAAGCAGAGAACUAAAGACCAAACGUCUUUUCCUGUGUAUGUGGUCUGCAAAUUAGGAAACGACUCCCAGAAGGCUGUAAGAAUUCUGCAGGAGUUACCUGUCAAAGAAUUUGGUUCUGUGUUAGCUAAGGAUAUCAAAGGGGGGCUCAUGGCUUGGGCCAGUAAAAUUGACCCAACGUUUCCUCAGUAUUAG